AAAAAGUUGGGAGGCUACUGAAUCUCUGCGCUGACAGAAGAGAGGAGAGGACAAAGUUUCACAUUUCAGCAGCAUCUAUUCCAAGAGGCAAAAAAAAGGGAGAGAGAAAAAAAUGCCCAAGGUCAGUAAGAAGAAUUGGCCGGCUAUGGUGCUGUUUGCACUGAGUCUACUCACCAGAGUAAAGGUGACCGAAGGCUUCCCGAACUCCUCUCCGGUCAUCAAUGCCGGUUGGGGGAAUCCCGACAGACUAAUGCACCUGUACACAGCCACCGAAUGGAACAGCUUCCACCUGCAGAUCAACCACGACGGGAGCGUUAAUGGAUCCCCCCAUCAGACCAUUUACAGUGCACUUAUGAUUAAAUCGGAAUCAGCUGGCCGAGUGGUCAUCACCGGCGUCAAGAGUGGACGCUACUUGUGCAUGGACCGAUACGGCAAUGUCUUCGGCUCGCAUUUCUUUAGCUAUGAUGACUGCAUAUUCAAACACGAAACCCUGGAGAACAGGCAUGAUGUGUACCACUCUCCGAAACACAACUAUCUGAUCAGCCUGAAGAAGCCCAAGCACAUAUUCCGCCCGGGCAUGGACCUUCCACCGUAUUCCCAAUUUCUGUCUAUGGAGAACAAGAUCCCCAUCACCAGGUUCAUCACUCCAGAACCUGUUAUCAGACACACCAGAAGCGCAGAUGACCCAGAGGACAUUAUGAGAACCUUAAAGAAAAACAUUAAUUAUUCACCUCCAAAGAAUGUUCAAGAGGUCCUAUCUUCAGCUCCUCAAGAGCCCCUAAGGCGAAAUCACAAUGAAAAGGAAGACCCAGAGGACCCGAUUCGUAUUAUUAUUACCAGGAAGACGCGUCCUCAUGUGCCACUUUUCCACUAUCAGUAGAAUUGUCAGACUUCAUGGGUAGUAAUCCCCAAGUGGCCUUACAAAUCUCGUAGCUACUGUAAUUGACACACAGUCUCUUCUGACUGCCAGAAAUAAUAUAUUCAAAGUUCUACUCAAGAUAUAUAAGAUAUAAUAACACUUUUAGGAAGCAUUCAAGCAUACCCCACAGUUUUAUAUAGUUUUAGCUUACGAAGGCUUUUCACAAUGCACGCAACCAAACAAAACCGUCGCUUUUAGAUAGCAGUAUUAUAUUUUUCUACUCAGUUUUGCUUUUCUCUAUUUAUUUAGUCGGAACAGUAAUUGUAGGAAGGUUCGUUCAACUUAUUCUUGUUUUGUGCAUUGAGCAGAAUUCAUUAUUUCAAGAAAUGUACCGUGACUGCAAAGAAGCCCCAAAUGGAAUCUUGAAGACCAAGACACAGAGUUCCAAUCCCAGUAAGUGACCAGUCCGGCAAUCUGUGCCACUGAUCGUGAUUGGUUCCAUGGAAAGUAGAGAUUAUUUGAUCUAUGUUUUCCAUAUGUGACAUUCCAGGUUCCAUCAGCAGGUUCAUUUCAUAGGUUUCUAAACACGGCUACUCAAGUACCCUCACCGGUGGAGACUUUCUGUUUGUCAUGACCAUCUUUGAC